GCGGCGGAGGCCACCUCGGCUCUCCUCGUUCGCCAUCCUCCCACGGCAACAGAGAAUGAUCCGGCGGCUGUCGAGGGUGGUCGACUGCGCCCAGUACGAGUCGCUGCGUUGGUCCGGCAAGGGGAGGCGGCACGGGGAGCCGGCGCAGGGGCACUUCCCAGUGUACGUGGGGGAGGAGAUGGAGCGGUUCGAGGUCCGAACAGAGCUCCUCGCCCGCCCGGCCUUCGUCCGGUUGCUGCGCCUCUCCGCCGACGAGUACGGCUACGAGCAGCGCGGCGUCCUACGCAUCCCCUGCCCCGUCCCGCUCUUCCGCCGCCUCCUCGCCGCCGCUUCCUCCACGGAGGAGGAGGAGGAGAAGAAGGAGAAGGAGAAGGAGCUCCUGCGAUCCUUCCCCGAGUUGCUCCUCGGUUCCUCCGACCGGAGUUGACCCGGCGUUUCGAAUCGCUCGUCCUCUCGCGCCCCCACGGUUUCUCGAUUCCCGGUUUUGCCCUUGCAAUCCUACCGCAGAUGAACCGCCCGGUGCGCUCAAAGGAGAAGGGUAGUUGUGGAAUUUUGUGUUUCUAAUCAUCGAGUGUAUGCACUAUAUCGAUUGUAAAUACGAGUGUAUUAUGCUUAAUAUGAACAAUUAUUGUCUUUGUCUUUU